GGUGUCCAGACAUAUCGACAGAUCCUAAAUUAAAGUGGGUAAUUCCAUAUUGAUUUCAUUUUUGUUAAAUAUUUGUGUCAUCUCCAGCUGUAGGCAGGCUCCAGCUUGUACAUGUCAGCAGUCUGGGCCCAGCAAAACACUAGGCAAGCACCUUCUGGUAGUCACCCCCAUAGACUAAACCUUGGGCUUAGACCCACAAAAGAAAGCUUUCUAAGGAUGGUGGGAGUUGGGACGUGGUCAAACACAAAGAGCUGUACUGUACAAACAUAAAUUAUUUUAUAUAUAUUUUUUAACUCAUAUAGUCUUAGACAUAAUAGUACCUGCAGAGAAAUUUAUUUAUUCUUUUGUGUAAAAUUUGAUUAUUGCAAAAAAUUCAAAAGAGCAAGUUUGUCUAGUCUAGCCAGUAAUGACUUUCAACAGUGCUGGCCAAUGCAAACAGAUGACAGAAACCAGCAGAACCAAUAGUGCCACUCGUGUGAAUAGAAAAACACUGAACUCAUCACAAUCUAUUGAGUCUCUGCAGGCCGCCCCUCAGCUGCCCCGGUCAGCAUCACACUCUCCCUCUUCCCUCAUAACAUUUGUGGCUUUAUCCAGACUGAGCCCCCAAAACACACCAGGACACAAUGUAAAUGUCUGUCUAAUCAUUUCUGCUGCUAUGGGCCACUGCAGCAAUGGAGCAAUGGAGAAUUUACUGUAAUGUCUGUACCUUUGAUAACUUUGAAUCAUGUUAGAUUUAAAAUAUAAUUCAAUUAAAAAAACUGAACCAAACCCAUAAAGCACCUCUAUGAUGGAGCUCAGGUGCUGCCCACUACAGGCCCACAGCUGCUCUGUUUUCAGAAUUGAUAUUGUGAUUUCUCGAAGGGUUUGGGGAAAGUUAUGAAUGUGAUUUUAUUUGGAUACACUUGACUAAUAUUCUCAAGUUUGCACUGCCAUGAGGGAGGGUGUUGAAUCAAACACUUUAUGUGCACCUUUGCACCUGUUACAAAUGUGUAGUUGGCUCUGUGCUGGAUCUUUAGCCAGAUCAGUAGGUGGGAGGGUAGUUCAUUUUGUUUGGAGAUGCAGUAUUGUGUGUAACCCCUCCCCUGGUUGUAGUGGGGUUAGUGGGGCCCUGUGGUGUAAUAUAAAGGCCUCUGAUCUCUCCCCUCUCUAGUAUAGAGACCAAAUGUCUGCAUGGCAUGCUUAAUGUUAUUGUACUGAUCAGUAAAGGUGUGGCACAACCUUGUGACACAUCUUCAGACAGAAUUAGCUUUAGAGUUUUAGAUUAUAGAUGUUUACAGAUUUAAAGAGAAAAUCAGCUUGACAGCAUUUAUAGUUAAUUUUAGUUUUGUUUUACCAGUUGUAUAUCCUUGUCCCUAUUUAUUUUUAAGUUUUUGUUUGUUGCCAUGAUGUGGGAGUUCAGGUCCAUGUCGUUCUGGAGGGCAGUUUUUGCUGAGUUUUAUGGUACCAUGUUCUUUGUUUUCUUUGGCCUUGGAGCUGCUCUGCGCUGGACCACUGGGCCUCACAAUGUUCUGCAUGUGGCCUUUUGCUUUGGGCUGGCAGCUGCCACUCUCAUCCAGUCCAUCGGCCACAUCAGUGGGGGACACAUCAACCCUGCUGUCACCUUUGCCUAUUUGAUCGGCUCUCAGAUGUCCCUGUUUAGGGCUUUCUUCUACAUCAUAGCCCAGUGUCUGGGGGCCCUGGCCGGUGCUGCUGUCCUAUAUGGGGUCACUCCCACUAACAUGAGGGGAAACCUGGCUCUCAAUACGCUGCAGCCAGGGAUCAGCCUGGGAAUGGCCACCACCAUGGAGAUCUUCCUCACGGUGCAGCUAGUCAUCUGCAUCUUCGCUGUGACCGAUGAGAGGCGCAACGGCCGCCUAGGCUCUGCAGCACUGGCCAUCGGUUUCUCUGUGCUCAUGGGACAUCUUCUUGGGAUGUACUACACUGGAGCAGGCAUGAACCCAGCAAGAUCAUUUGCCCCUGCAGUUCUGGUCAGAAACUUUGUCAACCAUUGGGUGUACUGGGUGGGGCCGAUGAUCGGAGGGGCCAUAGGAGCUCUGGUGUAUGACUUCAUGCUGUUUCCUCGUAUGCGCGGUCUGUCUGAGAGGCUGGCCACACUGAAGGGUAUUAGACCUCCAGAGGCACAGGGGCAGCCAGACACCAGAGGAGAGCCCAUUGAGCUCAAGACCCAGGCUCUAUAAACCUUUACAGGACAAGUGCAUCCUAAACCUGAACAGAAUUUACAAUACCUCCUCCAAAAGUCUCAGUCUGCAACCCACCACAGGACCAUCCUGGGGCAGGGGCCACACCUCUGGACGACCAGCCUCUCUCCUCCAGCCACAUGGAAACAGUGGUUUGACAAAGACUUGCCCAUUGUGGUUGAGCAUAUCACGGGCUUGUGUGAUUUUUUAUUUUUUAUGUUUGCUCCCCUUUUGUAUUCUGAGUGAAACAGUAGAGCAGUAACCUUCUGCAUGAUGCUUAUUGAUCAUAUUUGACUUAUCUGUUUUAAUGAACUUUGGGUAAAUUAUAUGUGCUCUAGACAAUUUUGGCAAAUGUUUGUUGCGUUUGUGUGAGGAAACCAUAUGUGUGUCACUUUUUUGUGCAUGUUUGUGUGCUUAUUCAUUUUAAUUUUUUAUUAUUUAUUUAAGUUUUACGCUCCAGGGGAUAAAUCUUUGAUCUAGUUAUAAUAUUUCUUAUGAACAUAAUACAUUAUCACCUUAUUUCCAUGCUCUGACAUUAGCCUUGGGCCACAUUCUUUGAGAUGUAUAUAAAAACUGGGCUAUUACAGUUUAAACUGUUUUUUGUUCAAAUCAACUUUGCUUUUCAUUUGAUUUUAGUUUUUCUCUUUUAGUGCAGCACUUUUACAGAUGUACAGGUGUGGAUCUAGUGUGCAUUUCUUCUGUUUGUCUUCACAUCAACAUUUUAAUUAAUUUACUUUGUUUGAAAAUAUGAAUGUGUCUGUGGCUCACAGUAACAAACGUCUGGUUUGUUUAACGAGCCCAGAAACCUUAACUGUUAAAGAAUGAGAGAAUGAAAUGAUACAUUUAUUUCCCCCCUUGUUUACAUGGCAGCGAUCUAGUGAGCCUAUUAAGAAACAUGUGCUCCCUCUGCUUCUCUUAGUGUGAUGUGUUUGAGCAGUGGUUUUAGUGUGAUGUUGAAAUGUGCUUUGUAAAAGACUUUGAUGUACAGUGUAAAAUCUUCUUUUCUAUGAACUGACAUUGGAUGAAUAGUGUACUUGAUUGACAUA